GGAUUUACAAAUCUGGCUAGGUCACUUGAGAAUAACACCAUAUGGAACUUACACCUCAAGACCUUCAUUUGCAUGGAGAUUCCAUUGGAGAUGAAGGAGUCUGCUCUUUGAUGUCAGGCUUGUCUUCACAUAAAGGGAAAAUUGCUUUUCUUGACAGUGGCAACAACUCAAUUAGUGCAAAAGGUGCCUUCUAUGUUGCUGAAUAUAUUAAGAAGAGCAAGAACUUGCUGUGGUUGAAUCUUUACAUGAAUGACCUUGGUGGUGAGGGUGCUGAAAGAAUUGCAGAUGCUUUAAAAGCAAACCAUAUCAUAACGACCAUAGACCUUGGUGGAAAUAAUAUACGUGCUAAGGGGGUUCCUGAAAUAGCUCAAGCUUUAAAAGAUAAUACCGUCAUUUCAACUGUAGGACAUUUAGUUAUUGUGGUCAUCUCCUUUUCCUUUCCCAUCUAUCUUCAGUGUGAUAUAAGAACCUCAUGCUCUUUCUCGUUGGAACUUGGUUAUAAUCCCAUUGGAUCAGAUGGAGCAAAAACUUUGUCUGAAGUUCUCAAGUUUCACAGAAAUGUAAAAGCCCUGAAGCUUGGUUGGUGUCAAGUAGGGCCCAAGGGAGCAGAGUUCAUUGCAAAUCUGUGGAGAUAUAAUAAUAGUAUUCAAUUCUAGACUUGAGGGCAAAUGGGCUUAGAGAUGAAGGUGCAGCUUGUUUGGCUGGUAGCUUGAAAGUGAUUAAUGAGUCUUUAACAUCACUCGAACUUGCAUUCAAUAAAAUUAGGGAUAAUGGUGCUUUUGCUAUUGCCCAAUCACUGAAGGCUAGUGAGGAUGUCACUGUCAAUUCCCUUCACCUUGCCAGUAACUUUCUUACAAAAUUUGGUCAGAGUGCACUGACAGACGCAAGAGACCAUGUAUAUGAGAUGACUGAAAGGGAAGUAAUUAUCUUCUUCUAGGCAACUUGUUUAACAGUUGAGUAAAGUUUUUUUCAGCAAUAAAUUUGCAGAGGGAAAUUUUUUUUGGUUCAUUCUUCCUCCAGCAUCUAAUAGUAAGAACUCCAACUCAAACUUUUGAGCUCUAAUCAAAGUGCUAUGGGAACAUAUAGGAAUUUUGCCAUUCAGUAAUCGUAGCUAACUUCACUAAUAAGAUAUCCUGCUUAAAGAAUUUAUUGUUCCAAAAGUUUCUUUAGAAGCGCUCUCAGUUCAAUUGAUCAAAUAGGUGUUACAGUUGAUAAAGAAAAAUUUUGUAAACUAUGGUUAUAAAAAUUAUUUGAUACC